AUGUCAACAACCGAGAACACAACAACUGCUAUCGUUCAUGAAGCCAUAAAUGAAGAAUACGAGUACAUACAGUAUAACAAACAGUUACGUCUCAUUCGUUCGGUCAAAGACGAUAUGUACCAAAUGCAAAGUAUUUUGACAGCAUGUUUUGCACCAGAUACCAAGCUUCCUAAAGACUGGUUUAGGAACCAAAGCACUAUUGAACUAUUAAAUGAAGCACAGCGAGACAGACUUUUUUCGGGGUCGCCUAAAACUCAUGAAAACAGUGAAGAACAGCGAGUGGGAGAAAAACCCCAGUCGCCAAAACUCUAUGAAAAUCGUGAAAAAUUGCCAAAUGGUUUGAGAGGCUGGUAUGUACAUAGACUUCUUGUAAAUGCUGUUGCAAUGUGGGCUUCGCCUCGUUAUGCUUGGUAUAUUUACAGACUUCUUGACGAAAUUCAUAGACAAGAACGUGAAGAGCUAGAGAACAAGCUUGAAGCAAAAGACAAAAACAUUCAGAAAAGAAUACCACGUUCGGUACCAAAAGGAAAGGAAAAGAACUAUAAGUAUAUGAUUUAUACUGAAGAGAUGGAAAAUGAAGAAGACAGAGAUAUGGUUAUGUUGCAUUUAGUCAGAAGAAACAACAAAAGCUUUUACGACCUUGCUAAGAUUUACAAAUCUAACAGAAAUUGGUUCUAUCGCGAAAACUUACCGAUUUCAAUGACACCAAAUGAAGAUGUGAAACAAAUAGUUCAAGAUACUUUACCUCAAACACACUAUGAUAUGAAAGGUUGUACAAUACUUACAUUCAAAGAAGAUUUGCCGCUACUGAAAGAAAAAAUAACAGAGUAUUUUGACAACUUCAAACAAGUAGAGUAG